AGUUUUUUGAGGGCGUGUGCGUUUGAGGAAGAUGAAACAUUUCACUGCAGUUAGCCUACAGGCUGCCAAGGCCCAGCAACACGUGGCUUUGAUGGAUUAUGAACUCUGGUAAAGCAGCUAAGCGCUACAACCGUUUCUCAGGAGGAAGUUCCACCCCAGCCAUCACCAGGAUCAGCUCACCUGAUCUGAGCAACGGGGUCAGGAUGGACAGCACGUUUGGGCCCACAUUUCCAUCAGUUGUACCAGUUAGCAAAGUUUCAGCAGAGACUUCCAGUAACUACAAACAGCAUCGCAGGACACCGUCAUCCUCCAGCACACUGACCUACUCACCCCGUGAUGAUGAUGAUGGCAUGCCCCCCAUCAGUACACCGCGGCGCUCAGAUUCUGCUAUCUCCGUGCGUUCUCUACACUCCGAGUCCAACAUAUCCCUGCGCUCCACCUUCUCCCUGCAUGAGGAGGAAGAAGACACAGAGCCACAGGUGUUUGCAGAGCAGCCCUCAGUCAAGCUGUGCUGUCAGCUGUGCUGCAGUGUCUUCAAGGACCCUGUCAUCACCACCUGUGGGCAUACCUUCUGCAGGCGAUGUGCCUUAACCUCAGAGAAAUGUCCUGUGGACACCUCCAAGCUGACGGUGGUGGUGAAUAACAUUGCUGUGGCGGAGCAGAUCGGGGAGCUCUUCAUCCACUGUAAAUACGGCUGCCGCCCCACAGCCACCAGCAAGCCGUGCGCCUUCGAGGUCGACCCGCUGGGCUGCCCGUUCACUGUCAAACUCAGCACACGCAAGGACCAUGAGGUCAGCUGUGACUACAGACCGGUUCGCUGCCCGAACAAUCCCAGCUGCCCCCCUCUGCUCACGAUGAACCUGGAGGCCCAUCUGAAGGAGUGUGAACACAUCAAAUGCCCCCAUUCUAAAUACGGAUGCACGUUCAUUGGGAACCAGGACACGUACGAGACCCACCUGGAUGUGUGCAAGUUCGAGGGGCUGAAGGAGUUCCUGCAGCAGACAGACGAUCGCUUCCACGAGAUGCAGGUGACGCUGGCGCAGAAGGACCAGGACAUCUCCUUCCUUCGCUCCAUGCUGGGCAAAUUGUCCGAGAAGCUGGACCAGCUGGAGAAGAACCUGGAGCUAAAGUUUGAUGUGCUGGAUGAGAACCAGAGCAAGCUGAGUGAAGACCUGAUGGAGUUCCGCAGAGAUGCCUCUAUGCUCAACGAUGAGCUCUCCCACAUCAACGCCAGGCUCAACAUGGGCAUUCUGGGAUCUUAUGAUCCUCAGCAGAUCUUUAAGUGUAAAGGCACAUUUGUGGGCCAUCAGGGUCCGGUAUGGUGUCUGUGUGUUUACUCCACUGGUGACCUGCUCUUCAGUGGCUCCUCUGACAAAACCAUCAAGGUGUGGGACACCUGCACUACAUACAAGUGCCAGAAGACGUUGGAGGGUCAUGACGGCAUUGUUCUGGCACUGUGUAUUCAGGGGAACAAGUUGUACAGCGGCUCAGCUGACUGCACCAUUAUUGUCUGGGAUAUCCAGACUCUGCAGAAAGUGAACACGAUCCGUGCGCAUGACAACCCUGUAUGCACACUCGUCUCUUCCCACAACAUGCUUUUCAGCGGCUCCCUGAAAGCUAUUAAGGUGUGGGACAUUGUUGGCACAGAACUGAAACUGAAGAAAGAAUUGACUGGGCUGAAUCACUGGGUCCGAGCUCUGGUUGCUUCCCAAAACCAUUUGUACAGUGGAUCCUACCAGACCAUCAAGAUCUGGGACAUCCGCUCACUGGAGUGUGUCCAUGUCCUCCAAACCUCCGGGGGCAGUGUCUACUCCAUCGCAGUCACCAACCACCACAUCGUGUGCGGCACCUACGAGAACCUCAUCCACGUCUGGGAUAUUGAGUCGAAAGAGCAGGUGCGCACGCUGACGGGUCACGUGGGUACAGUCUAUGCCCUAGCAGUCAUCUCCACCCCUGACCAGACCAAAGUGUUCAGUGCCUCCUACGACCGCUCACUCAGGGUGUGGAGUAUGGACAACAUGAUCUGCACCCAGACGCUACUACGCCACCAGGGCAGUGUCACGGCACUAGCUGUCUCCAGGGGACGCCUCUUCUCCGGGGCUGUGGACAGUACCGUGAAGGUGUGGACCUGCUAAAUGAGUCCCUGCUGAACAGUGACAGACACUACACCUCACUGGCACUUUGGAACUGAGUGGAUCCCUAAUUAUUAAUGUUUUUUUGCUCUAUAGUAUAGGACUAUGUUGUGAUUCCAUCACUAGAUGGCACUUGGACAAAGGACCCCCCCCCCACACACACACACACACACACUCUCCUCUUCUUGUCUGUUUUUUUUUGUGUGUGUGUGUGAGAGAUUGACACACUCCAACGCAUGUGGUCACACUCCCGGCGGCUAUGCGAGGGACAGCUUGUACUCUGAGCUGCCGUCUGCAUGCAGAUUGUGGCUGAGGGUUUUUGCCUUCAAAGGGCAUGACCUGACCCUCUGCUAUCUCUCUGCAUUCACCAGAGCCGCCCUGCCUUGGCUAGCCUGCAGUCAGCAUUUACGGUUUUGUAAAUAGGGUCUUUGCUGGGUUCUAAUGGACACACCCACUCUGGUCGUGGACAGGUGCAGACCCCAGUGAGCAGCAACAGAGGGCGCUAUUGCAAUACUGGGUUUACAGAGUGCCAGCUGAACAAGUCUCCUUUGGACAUGCUUGGGCACACUGCUCCCUGCAAAUGGGGUUUUCAGUGUCUAAGUAAAAAAAGGUUUGUGUGUGUGUGUACUGUAUUAUACUGUGUGUACACACAGUGCAACAUAUACCUACCAUAGGUGUAUUUUUGUUUUGUAUACUUUUCUGUGGUCGCCUUCAAGGCUAAAUUCUAGGAGGAGCAGAAUGUUAAUAACGCACUCCUCUCUCAUGCCUGGAGCUCAUGUGCAAGCCAGCAGCUCAGCUCAGACUUAUUAAUACUCAGUGCAAGACAGUAUAGAUGAAAUCAGAGCACUUAUGGACUCACUAUAGACAGAACAGAUCUACUGUAAGUAAAUGACAAAAGCCUGUGUGGGAACACUCCAGUACGAGUUACGAGAAGCGUUAGCGUGAUGAGGCAGUAAUGAGGCACUCCAAGCAGGGCUGUCUGUGCUCCCCUCUCUCAUUUUAUAUAUGUAUAUAUGUAUGUAUAUAUGUAUGUAUAUAUAUGUAUAUGUGUAUAUAUAUAUAUAUAUAUAUAUAUAUAUAUAUAUAUAUAUAUAUAUAUAUAUAUAUAUAUAAAAUGAGAGAAAGUAUUUAUGAUUUUCUUACGUGUUAUUUUAUGACAGUAGUACACAUCACAGCCGCUUUUCGAACAAAAUCACUAAAAUUUCUAAAUCGAUUUUAAUGUACUCAUUAUAUCCAUGUUUCUGAGGUGUUGUUUUCUAAUUUUGCACCAGCUGAAGUCGCUUCGCUAUGUCUGAGGCUGAGCUGGAUCUUUGGGUCUUCUCGGGGACAUGACUGUUUGUAGAAAGUACAUGCGCCUGAAUUUGCCAUUAAAGUAAUGUAUGUUUGUCUACGAAGAAA